AUGAAGCCGAGUGCGGCCGGGACGGCGAGGGAGCUGGAGUCGCAGGCGCCGGCCCGGGGCGAGCAGCGCGCGGGGGAGCCCGAGGGGCGCUGGCGGGAGAAGGGCGAGGCGGACACGGAGCGGCAGCGCACCCGGGAGCGGCAGGAGGCCACGCUGGCCGGGCUGGCAGAGCUGGAGUACCUGCGCCAGCGCCAGGAGCUGCUGGUUCGGGGCGCCCUGCGUGGCGCCGGGGGCUCGGGAGUCGCUGCACCCCGCGCUGGGGAGCUGCCGGCGGAGGCGGCGCAACGCAGCCUCCUGGAGGAGAAGUUCUUGGAGGAGAAUAUCUUGCUGCUGCGGAAGCAAUUGAAUUGUUUGAGGAGAAGAGAUGCUGGUUUGUUGAAUCAGUUGCAAGAACUUGACAAGCAGAUAAGUGACCUGAGACUAGAUGUAGAAAAGACAUCUGAAGAGCACCUGGAGACAGACAGUCGGCCCAGCUCAGGGUUUUAUGAGCUGAGUGAUGGGGCUUCAGGAUCCCUUUCCAAUUCCUCUAACUCGGUCUUCAGUGAGUGUUUAUCCAGUUGUCAUUCCAGUACCUGCUUUUGCGGCCCCUUGGAGGCAACCUUGACGAUCUCCGAUGGUUGCCCCAAAUCUGCAGAUCUCAUGGGAUGGUUGGAAUAUAAAGAAGGCCACUGUGAAGACCAGGCCUCAGGGGCAGUUUGUCAUUCCCAAUCCACAUCACAAUUUAAUUCCCUUGGUAUCAUUGCAGAUGUGAAUCCCAAGUACCAGUGUGAUCUGGUGUCUAAAAACGGGAAUGAUGUGUAUCGCUAUCCCAGUCCACUUCAUGCCGUGGCGGUGCAGAGCCCAAUGUUUCUCCUUUGCCUGACGGGCAACCCUCUGAGGGAAGAGGAGAGGCUUGGUAACCAUGCCAGUGACAUUUGUGUGGGAUCUGAGCUGGACGCCAUCAAGACAGACACUUCCUUACCAGCUCCAAGCAGUUUGUGGUCUGCUCCCCAUCCUUCAUCCAGUAAGAAAAUGGAUGGCUACAUUCUGAGCCUGGUCCAGAAAAAAACACACCCUGUAAGGACCAACAAACCAAGAACCAGUGUGAAUGCUGACCCCACGAAGGGGCUUCUGAGGAAUGGGAGCGUCUGUGUCAGAGUGACUGGGGGUGUCUCACAGGGCAACGGCGGGAACCUUAAGAAUUCUAAACAGGUGCUUUUGCCCUCUGGCGGAAUCCCCUCUUUGGACAAUGGGACAUUCUCCCCACUGAAGCAGUGGUCAAAAGAAUCAAAGGCAGAACAAGUGGAAAGCAAGAGGUUGUCCCCGCCAGAGGGCUGCUCGCCAGGCGCUGCCACUGAACUUCCAAGUAAGCAUCUGCCCAAAAAUACCAAGCCCGCCUCCCAGGAACACGCUCGGUGUCCCACCGCUGUGACAGGGGAGUCCCCCAAAGACGGCAUUCAGGUCCUAGCCGCCUCCCCAAAGGAGAGCCCCGGGAGGGGCCCCGCGCCGCCGCAGGAGAACAAAGUCGUCCUGCCACUGAAAAAGCUGUCGCCGAAAAGCGGCCUGCCGCCUGCCCCUCCAGCAGCGCCCCCUCCUGCCCCGGCUGCGCUGCUGUCUUCCGCUUUCUCCGUGGAAGAGCGCCCGGCGCUGGAUUUCAAGAGCGAGGGCUCCUCUUCUCAGAGCCUGGAGGAAGGGCCCCCGGCGAAGGCGCCGUCGGUCCCGGGCCCGCAGGCCGCGGGCGGCCGGCCCCACCGCGGCGCCCGGACCGCGGCUGCCCCGCGGGGCUCGGCCCCGAAGCACCGGGGCGCCCUGGCCCUCCACGGGCCCGACAGCGCGCUGCCCCCCGUGAGGGAGAAGAACCGCGCGGCCGGCAAGAAGUGCCGGUUCCCCGACGACGCGGAUACAAAUAAGAAACUCAGGAAGGCCUCGUCCCGGGGGAGGAAAGGCGGGGGCGGCCAGCCGGACGCCGGUCUCCCCAGCCGGCCGCCCGGUGCCGGCCACAGGGCCGGGGGCAGGGCGCACGGCCACGGCCGGGAGGCGCUGGUGGCCAAGCCCAAGCACAAGCGAACCGACUCGCGGCGCUGGCGCUCGGCCGCCGAGGUCUCCCUGGAAGAGGCCCUGCGGAGGUCGCGGCGCGGCCGGCGCGAGCACGUGGGGCUGUACCCCGCUGCCGUGCCGCUGCCCUACGCCAGCCCCUACGCGUACGUGGCCAGCGACUCGGAGUACUCGGCCGAGUGCGAGUCGCUCUUCCACUCCACCGUGCUGGACACGAGCGAGGACGAGCGCAGCAACUACACCACCAACUGCUUCGGGGACAGCGAGUCCAGCGUGAGCGAGGGUGAGUUUGCGGGCGACAGCACGAGCUCCAGUGACUCCGAAGAAAGCGGGGGCUUGAUCUGGUCCCAGUUUGUCCAGACUCUCCCCAUCCAGGCGGUCACAGCCCCAGUCCUCCACAGCAACCCCACGAAAACCUUUGUCAAAAUUAAGGCUUCGCAUAACCUCAAGAAGAAAAUCCUCCGCUUUCGGUCCGGCUCGCUGAAACUCAUGACGACCGUCUGA